AUCCCCAAGAGUUGUUGACUUCUGUGGAUUUUCAACCUGUCCCCAGCAUCAUAGGUGUCAACAAUGAUGAGUAUGGUUGGAUCAUCUCUAUGGUUGUAAACAGUGCCCAGACAAUAAAGGAAAUAACCAGAGAGAACCUGCAGGCUGUUCUGAAGAAUACAACAGCACAAAUGAUGCUGCCAUCUGAGUGUAGUGACCUGCUCAUGGAAGAAUACAUGGGAGACACUGAGGACCCCCAGACCCUCCAAAUACAGUUCACAGAGAUGAUGGGGGACUUCAUGUUUGUGAUCCCUGCACUCCAAGUAGCACAUUUUCAGUGUUUCCAUGCCCCUGUAUACUUCUAUGAGUUCCAACAUCAACUCACCUUUUUCAAGCAAGUCAGGCCACCCCACAUGAAGGCUGACCAUGGUGAUGAGGUUCCUUUUGUCUUUGGGUCCUUAUUCUGGGGUGUGAAAUUUGACCUCACUGAGGAGGAGGAGCUACUGAACAAGAGGAUGAUGAAAUACUGGGCCAACUAUGCAAGACAUGGGAACCCCAACAGCGAAGGUCUACCCUACUGGCCCAUGUUGGACCAUGAUGAGCAGUACCUGCAACUGAACAUCAAUCCUGCUGUGGGCCAAGCCCUGAAGGCCAGAAGGCUGCAGUUCUGGACCAAGACUCUGCCCCAGAAGAUCCAGGAGCUAAAGAGGUCACAGAACAUGCACAAAGAACUGUAGGGUCCUAUGUAA